AUGGGAAUAUUUAACGAACAUUCUUAUAAUAAUCCAUUUGCCCGAGGAAUUCAAGGUGCUCAAGGAGUUGGAUUUAAUCUCACCUCAGAUGGAAAUUAUGAUAUGGUUGGUAAGAAACUUACAAAUGUUGGUGAUGGGGUGAGUCCAAGUGACGCUGUUACGCGCAAACAAUUGGACAGCUCUGGGUUUGGUGAUAUAACAGCUGAUAUUGAUUUGAAAAAGUCUUACAAUAUUCAGAACAGCAAAAAGAGAACAUUUAAUCAACUCAGCAGAUACUGAAUCAUUAGUUAGUUACGAAGAAGUAAAAGAAAACUUUAAACGAAGCAGAGGCAAUGAAAACAUAUUUGGAUAUGGGAGACAACUUCAUUUACAAUGACUCCAACUUUAAACGACCAAGCAUCAAAUAAAUUCUAUGUUGAUAGAACAGCAACAAAUACAAUAUGCGCUGCAGCAAUGAUUCAUGCAACAAAAGCAGAACUUGCUGAUUAUCUCAAGAAAGAUGGGACUACCCCAAUGACUGGAAAUCUGGACAUGGACGACAAACAAAUACUAAAUCUGCCAGCUCCAACGGGUCCCAAACAACCAACACCAUUGAAAUUUACUGAUUUAAAAUAUCUCCACGUUGCUGGAACAAAUAAAAUGACUAAUAAUCUAAACAUGGACAAUAAAAGUAUAAUUCAUUUAAGGUCACCAAUAGACCCCUCAGACGCCGCAACCAAAAAGUAUGUGGAUGACAACACAACUGCCCCAGAUCUCAGUCCUUAUCUAAAAAAAGAUGGAAGUGUCCCAAUGACUGGAGAUUUUAAUGUUGGCGGUCAU